ACUGGGUUUUGUAUGAAAUUGAUCCACAUAUGAGCCUUGUGUACGAGUUUGACCCUGCUAUUCAACCGGAGAAGAAACCUCAAAAUUCAGAAUUGUCCAAAAUAAUGAGCUUGUUAAUUGGAAAAUUCUAGAAUGAUUUGUUUUAACAACAUUAAUUAAGUACUUUAUUAUUCUCAUUUUGUUUUAAUUUUUUUUGUAGGCCGUACAAUAUAUAUAGGUCACAUCUUAAAGGCAUUGCGUUUAAAAAGAGUAAACCGGAAUUGUUGCACUUAAGAAUGGAGGUACAUAUGUGUUUGCCCAUUUCCUAGCAAUUUUUCGUAUAAUAUAUCUAAUGUUAUAUUUCCAUGUAUUAGUGUGCACAACAGCCAAGAGAUACUGAUUCCGGAUACUAUGUGAUGAGAUACAUGUAUGAAAUCAUUUCUACAUACCGUGAAUGCAAAGGAAAUUUGAAAGAGCUGGCUUCUUUAGCAAGUAUAUGUCCUUAGGUUUUGAUGCUUCUGCUGCUCUUGCCUGUUGUUGCUGUUCCGCUUAUGUGCUCCUGCUGUUCUGCAUAUGUGCUGCUACUGUUGCCUGCUGCUACUGUUCUGCUUAUGUGAUGAUGCUGCUGCUGUUCUGUUUCCGAGCUGCUGUUGUUCUGUUUCCGAGCUGCUGCUGUUCCGUUUCCGAGCUGUUGUUGUUCCGUUUCCAAGCUGCUGCUGUUUUGUAUAUUGUAAUUUUUUAUUGUAUGAAAUUGUAAUAUUACAAGCAUUUAUUAAUAAAAAUAUCUAAGU